AUGGCUUCCACGGAGUCCCGGGGUGGGGAGGUUCAGCUGCAGGAUGUGUCGCCCUCUGUCCUCCAGAGCAUCCUGCGCUAUCUGUACACGGAGGAGCUGGUGCUGACGGCCGAGCGAGCCCAGGAGCUGUUCGUCACAGCCAGCAGGCUCCAGAUCCCCCCACUCCUGGAGACGGUUGGCAGGUUCCUCGUGGAGACCAUUUCCCUGGAGACCUGCCUCCGGCUGUACGCGCUGGCUCACGCCCACCAGCACCCGGCUCUGCUUCGCGCAGCCGGGCGCUACGUCAGCCUGCACUUCCGGUCCCUCUGCGAGCACGACGCCUUCCUUCGCCUGGACCCCGGCACCUUGAUCGGCAUCAUCGCCUCAGACGGCCUCGCGGUGGCUUCCGAACUGGCCAUCUACAGGGCUGUAGGGCGCUGGGUGAGGGCUGACCCCGCCAAGCGCCUGCCACUGCUCCCAGAGCUGCUGGGGCACGUCCGCCUGGCCCUGCUGACCCCCAAGGAGCUGGCCGAGGUGCAGGCGGACGUCGCGGAGCUCUCUGGGGCUGCUGGGCUGGGGCUGAAGGAACUGACUGGGGAAGGGAGGCUGCGGGAGAGUGGGGGCCUCCGGCGGGGCAUGUACAAGGAGGUGAUCGUGUGCGUGGGGCGGCGGGUGCGGAGGGACCGUGCCGCGGGCGAGGACUUGGAUUCUCCCCUGGACUGUUUUGACCCCCGUACGGAGAGGUGGGGGGCGCCGUUGGGCUCGGUUCCGGUGCAGUUCCCCGGUUUCGCCGCCCUGGGCCACAAGCUCUAUGUGGCCGGGGGCUGCGGCCCGGACGGCUGCUUUUCAACCAGCCUGCACGAAUACGACGCCUGCUCUGGGCAGUGGGCACAGCUCCCCUCCAUGUCCUGGCCCCUGGACCCCCACGGCUUCCUGGUCUGCAGCCGGCGGCUCUACGCCGUGGGGGGCUGCGCCGAGGCAGCAGGCAAGCUGGAUUCGGCAGAGACCUUUGACCCGGGCGAGCGAGAGGGGGCUUCCUGCCUGGGGAACUUCCAGGCCUCCCGGGCGUGCUUCUUCCUGGGUGAGGAUGGCAAAGUGAGGCAGGAGGUGGCCAUCCCGGCGCUUCCCCGAGCCAUCGAGUCUGCUGGGGCCGUCUGCUGGCGGGGAAGGGUCUACGUGGUGGGCGGUGAGGACUCAGCCCGUUGGCUGAACACCGUGUACUACUGGGAGCCCAGCGCCGCUGCCUGGACCCCAUGCCGGGAAGGCCCUGCCGCCGGGGAGGGCGCGGGCUGGUUUGGCUGCGUGGCACUGCAGGUGCCCCGCAGACGCCUCCGGGCUCUUUUCCAGGGGCAGCCCACAGCCCCGGCAGCAGGUGGGGCAAUGGGCCAAAAGCAGCUCACCUGCAGAACCUCUGCAAUGGCUCCACCUCCCGUCAGUGGGAAAGGAGGCCUCAUGUGCCCCAGCACAGCACCAGGUUCAGACCAGGGGAGCCCCCUGGCCUGA